AUGGAACAGCUAAAGGACGGGGCUGAGCCCGAAGGGAACAACCUGUCCCUGCCGUCACCUGGAGCUGAGCCGUCGCCCCCCGCACCCAUGCCAGCCCUGCCAGCCUCGCUGCUGAGUGCCCCAGACCCUGCCCACCUGGGGCUCCCCGAGAGCCUGGCCUCUGUUACUGUGCCCAUCCGGCUGGACACCCUCUCCUGCCUCCUGCACAGCGCCCUGCUGGGGGCUCACACCCUCCAGCAGUCCUUGCCCUCCUGCCCCUGCUGCCCCCAGGCAUGCCACACCCAGUGGGGCACAGCCAGGAGGCCUCCCAGGGGCUGUGGGGGGUGGGAAGGCCGACGUAGGCCAGGCUGGGGCCAGAGACAGCAGCGAUGGGGGCGUGGGAGAGCGGAGCAGGCAGAGAGGGACUGGCAGGGGGUUCCUGGGGCUGGCCCCAAGACCCCACCCAGAAUGCCACCAGCACCGCCGGCCGAGGACGGGAAGAAGGAGGCCCGAGGUGGGGAGUCCGCCCUGCAGACUCCACCUGCUGCCGAGGACUGGGAGACAGAGUACUAG